CGCUGCUAGUAGUGAACUGGAUGUCCUCCCAGUGACUGACAGGCCUAUGUCUGACAGCUCAGACACGCCACUUAUCACACAGCCAGCCUCAGUCCAGUUCCUCCGCUAAGCGGCCUCAACAGUCAAGAUGGAGUGCGUGUGGAAGCCAGACGAGCAAGGACUUCAGCAGAUUUUACAGCUGCUCAAGGAGUCCCAGUCGCCCGAUACAUCCACACAGAGAUCCGUCCAGCAAAGACUGGAGCAGCUCAACCAGUUUCCAGACUUCAACAACUACUUGAUAUUUGUUCUGACCAAGCUCAAAUCAGAAGACGAGCCGACUCGCUCCCUGAGUGGCUUGAUCCUGAAGAACAAUGUGAAAGCUCACUAUCAGAACUUCCCCAACGGGGUGUCUGAUUUCAUCAAGAGGGAAUGCCUGGAAAACAUCGGAGACUCUUCGCCCCUCAUCCGCGCCACCGUGGGUAUCCUCAUCACCACCAUCGCGUCAAAGGGGGAGCUGCAAAAUUGGCCCGAGCUUUUACCCAAGCUGUGCCUGCUGCUGGAUUCUGAAGACUACAACACGUGCGAGGGGGCCUUUGGAGCCCUCCAGAAGAUCUGCGAGGACUCCGCUGAGAUCCUGGAUAGCGACCUGCUGGAUCGUCCUCUUAACGUCAUGAUCCCCAAGUUCUUGCAGUUCUUCAAACACAGCAGCCCCAAGAUCAGGUCUCAUGCCAUCGCCUGCGUCAACCAGUUCAUCAUCAGCCGGACUCAGGCGCUCAUGCUGCACAUCGACUCCUUCAUUGAGAACUUGUUUGCGCUGGCGACAGACGAGGAGCCUGAGGUGCGCAAGAACGUUUGUAGGGCUCUGGUGAUGCUGCUGGAGGUCCGCCUGGACAGACUGCUGCCUCACAUGCACAAUAUCAUCGAGUACAUGCUCCAGAGGACUCAGGACCAAGACGAGAAUGUGGCAUUGGAGGCCUGCGAGUUCUGGCUGACUCUGGCGGAGCAGCCGGUGUGCAAGGAGGUGCUGUGCGGCCACCUCUCCCAGCUCACUCCGGUGCUUGUCAACGGGAUGAAGUACUCCGAGAUUGACAUCAUCAUGCUCAAGGGCGACAUCGAGGAGGACGAGGCCAUUCCUGACAACGAGCAAGACAUCCGGCCGCGCUUCCACCGCUCCCGCACGGUCGCCCAGCAGCACGAGGGCGACGGGAUCGAGGACCAGGAAGACGACGACGACGACGAGCUGGAUGAUGAUGAUACCAUCUCGGACUGGAACUUGCGUAAAUGUUCGGCGGCAGCACUGGACGUGCUGGCCAACGUGUUCAGAGACGACCUGUUGCUGCACCUUCUGCCGUUCCUCAAGGAGCUACUCUUCCAUCCCGAGUGGGUGGUUAAGGAGUCCGGGAUCCUUGUUUUGGGAGCCAUUGCUGAAGGCUGCAUGCAGGGAAUGAUCCCCUACCUCCCCGAACUGAUUCCUCACCUCAUCCAGUGUCUGUCAGACAAGAAAGCCCUCGUGCGCUCCAUCACCUGCUGGACGCUGAGCCGCUACGCCCACUGGGUCGUCAGCCAGCCACCAGACAUCUAUCUGAAGCCUCUCAUGACCGAGCUUCUCAAACGCAUCCUGGACAGCAACAAGCGUGUGCAGGAGGCAGCUUGCAGCGCCUUUGCCACCUUGGAGGAGGAGGCUUGUACUGAGCUGGUGCCCUACCUGGCGUUCAUCCUGGACACGCUGGUGUUUGCUUUCAACAAGUACCAGCACAAAAACCUUCUCAUUCUGUACGACGCCAUCGGAACGCUCGCAGACUCGGUGGGACACCAUCUAAAUAAACCGGAAUACAUCCAGAUGUUGAUGCCGCCGCUCAUUCAGAAGUGGAACCAGCUCAAAGAUGAAGACAAAGACCUUUUCCCCUUAUUAGAAUGUUUGUCCUCUGUAGCGACGGCCCUGCAGAGCGGCUUCCUGCCCUACUGUGAACCCGUGUACCAGCGCUGCGUUAACCUGGUCCAGAAGACCCUUGCUCAGGCCAUGCUUUACCAGUCCCAGCCAGACCAGUACGAGGUGCCCGACAAAGACUUCAUGAUCGUGGCUUUGGAUCUCCUGAGCGGCCUGGCCGAGGGUUUGGGAGGCACCAUUGAGCAGCUUGUCGCCCGUAGCAACAUCCUCACCCUCAUGUACCAGUGCAUGCAGGACAAAAUGCCCGAAGUGCGUCAGAGUUCCUUCGCCCUUCUGGGGGACCUGACCAAGGCAUGUUUCCAGCAUGUCAAACAGUGCAUUGCUGACUUUAUGCCUAUACUGGGCACUAAUCUAAACCCUGAGUUUAUAUCAGUGUGCAACAAUGCAACGUGGGCAAUUGGAGAGAUCUCCAUACAAAUGGGGCCUGAAAUGCAGCCGUAUGUUGCCAUGGUGCUGCACCAGCUGGUGGAGAUCAUUAACAGGCCCAAUACGCCAAAGACUCUUCUGGAAAACACAGCAAUAACAAUUGGUCGUCUUGGUUACGUUUGUCCUCAAGAGGUGGCACCCAUGCUACAGCAGUUUAUAAGACCCUGGUGUACUUCCCUGAGAAAUAUAAGAGACAAUGAGGAGAAAGACUCGGCAUUCCGAGGAAUGUGCACGAUGAUCACCGUCAACCCGGGAGGUGUCGUGCAGGAUUUUAUCUUCUUUUGCGAUGCGGUGGCCUCCUGGGUCAACCCAAAGGAAGACCUGCGUGACAUGUUCUACAAGAUCCUUCACGGUUUCAAGAACCAGGUUGGCGAGGAGAACUGGAGGCGCUUCUCAGACCAGUUCCCCAUGCCGCUAAAAGAGCGUCUGGCUACCUUCUACGGGGUGUAACAACGGGGUCUUUGACGUGGGGCUGCAACAAGGGGGAACCUUUUACCCAGGGAACACGUUACCCUUUACCAUGGGGGGGACAGGUCUGCCUGACGAGGGGAGGGAAGGGGGUGCGGGCCCCUCCUCCACCGACAUGGCGGAACAGGGUGGGAGGGAGGGAGGCGCCACCUGUGGGGGCGCCCAGCAAAGUGCGCAGGGGACGGGGGAGGGGCUGACGUGCCGGAAACAACCCGAGCACGGGCGGAAAAACAACCAAAAGUCAGACAUGAUAAGGACAUCGCUCUUUAAUUUAUUUUUGGUUCUGUUAAAAAUGCAUAGACAUAAAUUUGAAUGCGCCAAAAGUGUAAGGUAACAGCUACGUGACCCCUUUUUUUGGGGCGGGCGGGUUUGAAAAGCACCCAACGCUAGCAUGGGCAGUGUAACGCUACAACGCAACGUGAUGUCAGUGGGUACGUUCUUUCCGGAAGGAGAACGCUCACUUCCUGCUUAUUUUCCCCAAGCUCGCAUGCUUGUGUCACUGUGAGGAAGCCGUCAAGCCAGCGUCGGCCAUUUUUGUUUUAACUCCCGUGAUGUUUUUUUUUUUUUUUUCCCUGGUAACUGAUUUAUUUUUACAGCGCUUUCUUUCCCCGCGUUGUCGGCCAUCAAGCCGUCACGUAGCAUGUUGGUACUGCGGGGGUUUUAAAUGCGCAAAGGUCAAAACAAAACAAACAAAAAAAAAAAACGCGGCUGUGAUGUCAGUGUGAAUGUCCCGUGACAGCGUGACUGUGACAUCCAUCAGUGAGACGCAUCACUUUCUUGGUGUUUGGAUCUUAGUUGUUUGUCUUGUGCUGAGAAAAAGCAUGAACUCCAGGAUGGCUGAACUUGGCUUUUUUUGGUGGGGUGCUGUCUCAUCUUCUUGCAUGUUGGUGGCCCCUGGCACCCUCACAUAGCAGUGGGAGGAAGGGAGGGACUGUGGAUGUUUUACAACACUGGGACUUGAUAGGACGUCAUCUAGCUGGAGUGCUGUUGUCUCCAAACAUGACCUGCCACAGCUGGAGGCCCAGUGUUGAAAUACUGUGAAGCUACAUUUAGUCUGCUUCUUCUUGUGGUGUGCUUCUGUCUUUAUUUUAGUUACAGGAAGCCUAAAUGUAUUCCAUGAUGCUUUUGCAAUGAUAGGACUUUUUUUUUAUUGUUGCCCUCUGCUGGCCGGAGUAACUAUUGCAGUAUUUUAACCCUUGAAAUUGGACCUUAAUGUUCAUCUUGAAUUAAGUAAAGCUGCUAAAAUGUUCAAGUCAUGCCACAAAAUGUAAUAGGUUUUCUUAAUAUUGUAAAAAAAAACUAUACAGUGGAACCUCUAAGAUGAAAUGAACAUGUAGUGAACAUGAUUUAUUGUAUAUUUGCCGAUUCUGCCAUGGGAAAUCCUGGAAAUACAAAUACUGAGGCCAUCACAACAUAAUUAACUAUACACAUAAGUCACAUUUGAUAUUACAUAACUAUAAAAUCAUUUGUAUACAAUAAGUAAAGCAUAUUUUUUUAUAAAAAAAAACCAAACCUGUUUGGUGAAAUUCCACAUUGACUAACCUUUGGGUGUCCCAAUUUUAAGAUAGGUGCUUUUAUUUUUUUUAAUUGUUACGUGGGAAUAUUUAAUAUUUUAAGUCACAUUUGAAACCUUCUUAACGGUCAUGCUGGUGUAAAAAGAAGUUAACCACUGUUAAUACCAGAACAAAACACUCAUUGCAGAUGCGCACGUCAGCUUUUUUUUUUUUUUAACAUUCUAAACUGCCAUGCAAGUGUAAAAAGAAGCGUAGCAUAUUUUACAGUGAAAUGAUUUGGUGAAGUUGUGCACUGUACAACUUUUGGGGUGUCCCAGUUUUAACAUAAGUACUGGAAAUGGUUGGGAGGAGAUGUUUCAACACGACAUUUAAACCCUCUUAACUGUCAUGCAAGUGUAAAAAGAAGCUAACCACCAUUAAUAUCAAAACCAAACACUUGUCGGAGAUGCGCACGUCACUUUUUUUUCCCCAUUCUAAACUGUCAUACAAGUGUAAAAAGAAGUUAACCACUGUGAAUAUCAAAGGAAAACACUUGUUGCAGAUGCGCACGUCCGUUUUUAAACAUUCUAAACUGCCAUGCAAGUAAAACUGGUAAAAUUCCACGCUGUACAACCUUUUGGGAGGGGGGUCCCAGUUUUAGGAAAAUUACUGGAAACGUGUCUUUUUCUUUUUUUAACGGUACGGGGAAUGUUUUUAAGUCACGUUUUAAACCUUCGCUGCCACACAAGUGAAGCCAAAGCAAAAGCCAAACGCUCGCCAAGGCUGGAUGUGCGACUUUGGAGGUUCCACUGGAAGUGGAUUGGUGAGUAGGCGUACUUCCCGUCACUCUUGUAGUACUUCAUCAUGGAAUACAGAGGCAAACACUUAAACACUGUUUACGUGCCACAUCCCUUUUUUGUGUCCGUCACAUUCCGAGUGAUGGUGGAAAGGUGUGUGUGUGUGGGAGUGUGUGUGUGUGUGUGCGCGCGCGCGCGUGCGAUAUGAAGAGUGUUCCACUGCGUUUGCUGUACGUCGUCGUCAUUUCCGCUACUUGAAUAUGUGUUUUCUACAUGUGAUCCUCAGGUUGUCUGUGUUCACUGUUGUUGUUGUUGCUUUAUAUUUUGACACCGCCCACCCCACGCCCCACACUCCACACGCACGCGCAUAGACGACCUCACCCUUCCCGUUAGAAGAGACGCCCGGUGUUUUUCGACGACACGUGCGCACGUGGUACGAUGCAGAGGGACGGGGGGAGAAGAAUCCCGUGAGGUAAACAGGAACUUGCACUUAAGAAAAUAAUAAUGUGACUGAUGAAAACCCCAGUAAUAUUUCAAUGUCACGCCUUGAGAGGACGAUGGGAUUUGAUGGCUAAAAGUGUCUUAGGUGACGGCUGAUUUGAUUUCAAUCAAAUACUACUACUACUACUACUACUACUACUACUACUACUACUACUACUGCUAGUACUUAAGGUAAAGCUUCAACUUUGUACGAAGCUUCAUUGAUUUGACAAGUUUGUAUUUUCUCAAGCCCCCGCCACGACAUGUUGACGAAUGUCUAGUCAGAAGAGAAUCGUCUGCCUCCUUUUAGCCUUCCAUGUUUAGACCAUCUGCCUUGUUUUGCUGUGAGAAGCAAAAGCAUCACUUUGAUAGGUUUUUUUUUGUUGUUCACAAGCUGCUGAAAUGAAAUCAAAAAGUAAGAAAAAAAAAUGUGGGGGCCACCAAAUAUUUUGGAUCAUAAAAGAAUAUAUAUUGUACUGUUGUAAUUUUUGUAAUAUUUGUAAGACAAUAUAGUUGGUGUGACUGGUUACCAUUGCUUGAAUCUGUACAUUGUUCCAAUAAAUUGUUUACAUGAGUACGCCAGUGACUUGAUACUAUACAGUGAUU